UUAUAGGCCUGAACAAGUUAAACUUUACGAGUCUAGUCAAUUGUCUUUCCGGUUUUAUUUCGUUUAGACUUUCUUUAAUCUACCUGUCUAAUUUAAUUAUCACCGUCAUCUAUUAUUAUUAUUAUUAUUAGAAGUAGUGGUAGUAGUAGUAGUAUAAAUAGAUAUAGUAGUAUUUAAACGUUGGCAAAGUUAGUGUGGAUAAAGUUUAUUUAAUUAGUCAGUUUGUGUUCGGUUUAAUUAUUCUGCAGAGUGAGAAGACGAACUGCAGGCAAAACACUAUAUACACACACACACACACACACACACACACACAAAUAUAUUACACACAUUUAACAUACGUAAAAAAUUUACACACUUCACAUACACACACCCACAUACAUAUAAACAUAUUUAAAUAUAUUAUUAUCCAUUCAUUUCACAUUGUCACGCUUUCUACACGCAGAUAGAUAUAACUACAUAUACAUAUAUAAAUAUACACAUUUAUACGUGCAUACAUACAUAUAUAUAUAUAUAUAUAUAUAUAUAUAUAUAUAUAUACGUGUCUUUAACUACAUGGAAACUUUUGAGACGUUUAAUGCAUUUUAGUUAAUUUAGCAAUUUCCACAAUGGGGAAACAUAACGAAACCGAUUUCGAAUACUUCUGCGGAGGAACACCCAUAUGGAACACAUCUUUGACAUGGGGUGAAACCAAAUGGCCAGAACUCACACAGUGUUUUCAAGACACCCUACUAAUUUGGGUACCAUGUGGCUUCCUUCUGUUCACCACACCAUUUUAUUUGUACUACCUACUCACUCAAAAAGACAGAACUUUAUCUCGUCCACUCACCACACUCAGUGUAGUAAAACUGAUUGGAUCCCUGCUCCUCAGUAUCCUAACCUUUAUCGACCUUACCAGUCGGGUUUAUAAAGGGGACCAACAUGCAGCCGUUAUAUACUUCUCCCUCGUGCUGCUGGGGGCAUCAUACGGUGUUGUUGCUGUAUUAACAGAAAUUGAGCGCCGAAGAGGAAUGCUUUCAUCCGUGAUUCUAUUUAUUUUCUGGUUCAUGCAGUUGAUAGUCAACAUCAUUCCAUUCUAUUCCAAGAUUGAGCUUAAGGAAUACGAGGAAAAUGAGGAACACAAGAACGGAAACAAAAUAGACUUUGUCCUGUUCUAUAUAAUGUAUGCCAUCAUCAUUGUCCAGUUUAUCCUCUACAGCAUUGCUGAAACCCAUUUGAUCAGGAAUCACAGAAAAGUGGAAAACAUCACUCACAACCCUGAAUAUUAUGCUGCUUUCAUAUCACGUCUUACAUUCUCUUGGCUCAACAAACUCAUCAAAAGUGCACAUGACAAACCUCUCCAGGAAGAAGAAAUGUUUGAACUGAAUCCCAGUGACCAAGCCGACGUGGUUUUGCCAAAAUUUAGAAAGAAUUGGUUGAAGGAGAAACAGAGAUGUGAUAAACUGAAUGCUAAACGCAAGGUAAAGGAAGAAGUGCAAAGGGAGGUGUAUUCCAACCCAAAGAUGACCAGCUUUGACGAAGAAGUCAAUGAAACAUCAGCUCUGUUGGGAAACAAAACAUCAGAAUCUGAGGAUAAGAAAAAGAAGGACAAUCUGGUAAAGCCUUCGUUACUGCGUGCUCUUUUAAAGUCAUUUGGCUGGACGUUGUUUAAAUCACAUUGCUGUAAAGUCUGUUACGACUUACUUCAGUUUGUUAAUCCAAUUAUGUUAAGAUACCUCAUAGAAUUCAUUGAAACGGGCAACGUGUUUGCAUGGAAAGGCUACACAUUGGCUGUUGGGAUGUUGUUUGUUUCCAUGGUUGUGACGAUUUUCUCCCAUCAAAACUAUCACAUCGGAAUGCGGACUGGCAUCAGAGUUCAAAAGUCCAUCAUAGCUGCCAUCUAUGAAAAGUCUUUGACAAUUAAACCUGAAGAGAAGAAGAACUACACAACAGGUGAAAUAGUCAACUUUAUGGCAGUAGACAGUAUGACCUUGAACAAUGCCACGCCUUACCUUUGGAUUAUUUGGUCAGCACCAUUACAGAUAGUCAUUGCUCUCAUUUUGCUCUACAAUACUCUGAAUUCUUCGAUAUUUGCUGGCGUCAUCAUUAUUAUACUGACGAUACCAAUAAAUGCCAUUGUUGGAGCCAAACUUACAAAACUCAGGAAUCAGCAGAUGAUAAUAAAAGAUAAAAGAAUUAAAUUAGUUAACGAGAUACUUAAUGGCAUCAAGGUCCUUAAGUUGUAUGCCUGGGAACCAUCGUUUAAGGAAAAGAUUAAUGAUAUCCGUAACCAAGAAAUGAAUAUUUUGCGGUCAAGUUCUUACUUACAAGCAUUUUCAAUGUUUACUUGGACAACCAUUCCUUACUUGGUAACAAUUGCCACUUUUGUUACAUACAUAUUGACGGAUCGGGACCAAAUCCUUGAUGCACAGAAGGCCUUUGUAGCAUUAACACUGUUCAAUAUAAUUCGAUCUCCUAUCAACCUUCUUCCUUUGAUUGUUGUAUACCUGACACAGUGCUGGGUGUCUGUGAAACGUAUCAAUGGCUUCUUAAAUGCCGAAGAUCUUGAUCCUAACAAUGUCAUCUAUGACUCCAAAAUAGAUUCUGCCAUUUCUAUACAAGAAGGAACCUUCUCUUGGGAAAAAAACAGUAACAAUGUCUUAGAAGAUAUAACCUUAAACAUACCCAAGGGUAGCCUCACUGCCAUCGUUGGUCCUGUUGGCUGUGGUAAGAGCUCUUUGAUAUCCACCAUUAUUGGAGAAUUAAACAAGAAGAAAGGAACCGUCCAUGUGAAUGGAUCAAUAGCCUUUAUGGUUUUUAUUUAUUUCUUGUCUCACCAGGGUAUCAACCUUAGCGGAGGACAGAAACAAAGAGUUUCAUUGGCUCGUGCUGUGUACAAUGAUGCAGAUAUUUACCUCUUGGAUGAUCCGCUUAGUGCAGUCGACGCCCAUGUUGGCAAACAUAUCUUCGAGGAAGUUGUUGGCCAUCAAGGACUUUUGAAAAAGAAGACGCGUGUGUUGGUGACCCAUGGUAUACAGUGGUUGCCCAAGGUGGACCACAUCAUCAUCAUUGUCGAUGGCAGGAUCUCUGAGAGGGGAUCGUACCAAGAAUUACUCGACCAUGACGGGGCAUUUGCACAAUUUCUGAAGACUUAUUUGCUGCAAGGAGUUAACAGUGACAGUGAAGAUGAGGACGAAGAAACACGAGAUAUUAAAAGACAAAUGUUAAGUCGUCUGGAUUCCACUAUGUCUGAGAAUGUAGAUACAUCAGGUGAUGAAAGUAGUUUGUCUACUUUGAUUGAAUCCAGGAAACUGAAGUCAUCCUUAUCAAUGGAAGCUCCAGCGAGAGUCAGAAGACAAUCUAGUGUCAUGAAGGAUGAUGUCCAGUUUGAAAAGUCUGGUAAACGGCCAUCUCAGACACCACCUGUUCAGAGUAAACUGAUUGAAGAAGAAAAACUUGAAGUUGGUAAUGUGAAAUUCUCAGUAUAUUACAAUUACUUGAAAGCUAUGGGCUUGAAACUGAGUUUCUGCAUGCUGUUUAUCUGUGCUGCUUACCAGUUUUCUGCAGUCUACCCGUCAUUUAUCAUCAGCACCUGGACAACAGAAGUGGCAAAGAUCAACAACGACAGCGAUGCACUGAAACACAGUGAAAACGUAUUUCUUGAAAAAUAUGGUGGCUUCUGUAUCUUACAGAGUCUGUUUAUAUUCACUUUCACGAUGCUGGCAGCUUACCUCAUGGUGAGAGCUGCGAACAUCAUGCAUGCAAAAAUGCUGUACAGCAUUCUUCGAGCCCCAAUGUCAUUCUUCGACACCACACCACUUGGUCGUAUCGUCAACCGCUUCUCCAAAGACACGGACGUCAUGGACAACCUAUUACCAUCUCUCAUCCGUACUGUUAUCCUGAUGUUUGCCAGUGUUAUUAGUGUUUUAGUGGCCAUUAGCAUCAGCAUACCAAUUUUCUUGGCCGUAGCUGUGCCGCUCAUUGGUGUUUAUGUUUUCAUACAGAAUUACUACAUUCCCACCACGAGACAGCUGAAACGCAUUGAGUCAACUACACGGUCCCUGAUCUACAAUCACUUCAGUGAAACCCUAACAGGAACUUCAUGCAUAAGAGCUUUCAACGUUGUCAGACGCUUUGGAAAGGAAUCCAGCAAUCGUGUGGAUCACUCGCAGACAUUCCAGUUUGCUGGCUUGGCUUCAAAUCGUUGGCUCGGUGUUCGACUGGAGACCAUAGGAAACCUGAUGGUGUUUGCCGCAGCCAUAUUCAGUGUUACCGGCAGAGACAAAAUAACUGGUGGAGAUGUUGGUUUAUCCAUUAGUUAUGCCUUGCAGAUAGUGACAGCACUGAGCAUGAUGGUAUCACAGUGGUGUAAUUUACAGUCCAAUAUUGUUGCGAUUGAAAGGAUCCGGGAAUAUUCCCAUGUUCAAUCUGAAGCCGAUUGGGACAAAGGUACUGAGGUUGACUCAAGUUGGCCCAAGACUGGAACCAUAGAAUUCAACAAUUACAAGACACGCUACCGACCUGGACUUGAUCUUGUACUGCGUGGAAUCACCUGUAAGAUAAACAGCGGAGAAAAGAUUGGCAUUGUGGGCCGUACAGGUGCCGGAAAGUCUUCCCUGUCUCUAUCCUUGUUCCGCAUCAUUGAAGCCAGUGCCGGCAACAUCCUCAUCGAUGGCCAGUGCAUUGCUGAUUUGGCUUUGCAUGACCUUCGCAAGAACUUGACCAUUCUGCCUCAGGAUCCUGUUCUUUUCUUUGGACCAAUCCGUCUGAAUCUGGAUCCAUUCGACCAACAUACCGAUGCUCAGCUAUGGAGAGCUCUUGAGCAAGCUAAUAUGAAGACGUUCGUAGCAGGUCUUGAUGAUGGCCUACAGCAUCAGUGUGACGAAGGAGGAAGUAAUUUAAGUAUAGGACAGAGGCAGCUGAUAUGCCUCGCCAGAACAUUGCUGCACAAGACAAAGAUCUUGAUUUUGGAUGAGGCCACAGCAGCUAUUGACAUGGAAACAGAUGAGCUCAUCCAGCAGAUUAUCAGGACAGAGUUUGAUGACUGUACCAUCCUCACCAUCGCCCAUAGAAUUAACACUAUCAUGGAUUAUGACAGAAUCAUGGUUUUGGAUAACGGAGCUAUCAAAGAAUUUGCACCACCACAGAAAUUGUUGAAGAAUGAAAAAUCUGUGUUCUAUGGUUUGGCAAAAGAUGCAGGAAUUGUAUCGUGAACAAAUUUUGCUCAUAACAAACUCUACCCUCACCAAACAUCUCUCUCACUUCUUCUCAUCACUCAGGAGACCAUUACACAUUUUUUUUUUCUUUACUUACAUUGCCGUUAACAUUCCAUUGGUUUGAUCUCUCUUCCUUUUGAUAUUCGCUGUGUCAGGUUCCACUUCAUUUUCGUGUUAUGUAACACAUAACAUUGCUUUGUUCUCCUCGUCUUGGAUUUGUUCUGGAGAUACAGAGAAAGUGUGAGAGAGAGAGAAGGAGAGACUGCUGCUGCUCCUAAACAUCCAUUUAAAUUCAGAUGUUUAGCAGUAGCAGUAAAUAACUUUCUGCCUCAAUCAUUUUUUUAUGUUAAAAAAUCAUGUGUGUGGUGUGUGUGUGGGUAUAUAUAUAUAUGUAUUAAUUGCAUUUUAUGAAAGAAAAAAAAAGGGAAAAAUGUUGAAAUCACGUUUUUAAAAUUAUCGUUGAUUUACUAACAUAAUAAAAUACAAUAAUAAAAUUAGCAAUAGGUGUUAGAAGUUGUUUUUUUUUUUAGUUUAGUCUCUCCCUUGUUCCCACUCAUUCAUUUUUUUAUGCAAAUAAAUAACAAGAUGGGUA